AUGUCUAGAAACUUUAGCAACCAACGGGGUGACGACUUCUAUAACGCGGCGCUUAACUUCUCCCCCAUUAACUCCUCCGCUCCAUCUCAAGUAUCUCACAACUCACCAUCCACACCACAGUAUCCACCCUACAUACCAUCACCAAACGAUUAUCAAUACCAACAAAGGCUACACUAUCAACAAUGGUUAUCCCAACAACAACAACCCUCAACCCAACCUCCACCACUAGUCGCGGUCCAACCACCACCACAGCCACCACCAGUCGCACCACAGCCACCACCAGUCGAUAUACCAGAGUCAUCCAUUCCAGAAAGGAAAGUUAAACGCAUGGCGAGUCGCAAAAAGGGAGAUGCAGUCGACCCACCCGAGACGAAGAAAGCUUGGACCGAGUUGGAGAUGAAGAUUUUGAUCGAGUGUUGGCUCAAUGCGUCUGAAGAUCCAGACUUUAGGACCGAUAGAAAGGGUGAUAUUUUUUGGGACACAGUGAUGGAGAACUACAAUGCACAAGUGGAAUUUCAAAGAAGGAAGAAUCAAAUGACGUCAAAAUGGAGGAAUAUUCGAGCCCAAGUUGCCAAGUUCAAUGCCAUUUAUGCCAAGUACAAUGAUAACCGAAUUAGUGGAGAAAACGACGCCCAAGUGAUGGAAGAGGCGCGACAAGCCUACAAAGACGAAGUUGGAGCCGCGUUUAACAUGUAUGAUUGUUGGUUACUUUUGAAGGAUAAGCUGUUGAUUCUCACGCCUUCCGCCGUUGAUGUUUUGGGUCGUAACAUGAAAAACCGAAGACCAGGAGUUGUGGAUCUUGAAAGUGAAGAUGAUGUUCCUGCCUAUGAACCCGUCAAUCUUGGAACCGAAAACGAACUCUUCGGGCCCGACCCGUAUGCGCGUCCAUCUAAAUCAAAGACUCCCCGCACUUUCACCUCUUCCAAUGCAGGUUCAGCUCGCUCAUCAGCAUCAGACAUCGCAGCACGACUAGAGAAGCAUUGUAGCACCCGACAGGAGAUUAUGGAGUCCCAGAAGGAGUCACUAGCUUGGAUACGCGAGGAAGAAACAAAAAGGACAAUGUAUUCGGCACCUUCUUUCAUGGGAACGACCAAGUUGGACGAAGAGGAGAAGAUGUUCAUAAAGGACGCGAAGAAGAAGCUCAUGGCAGAUUAUUCACCGUUGGUCCGAGGUCCUCACGGUGUUUAG